UGAAAACGCUGAUUGGCUUUAGCCACAUGAGGCUGACUUCAAGCAUUUGAAGUUCUAAGAACUUGGAGCUAAGCUAAAUACAUAAAGUACAUAUGUACAUAAGUAUGUACUACAUGUAGGUAUGUACGUAAACGGGGGAAUUUGAAGCUCAAAGAUUACAUUGGCUCAACUUUUAUUCAAUGUUGUUUUCGUGAUGGAAUUUUGUACUUGUACAACUUACCUAGUACAUCUUAUUUACCCAUACAACACUUGCAUGUGGGCGAACAUCGACAUACUCACACAACCUCGAGUGUAUUCAUACCAACAAAAAUAUUGUUGUUGUCGCGUUAAUUAGCUACUCUUGAACACGGUUGAUUUAUCCCCCACGUCGAACAUCGAUAAUAUUUUUUGAUCAAAAUCGCCAUGAGCUAAGACCCGAAAUCGUCCUCCGCAACCAUAAUACACACAACACCGGAUGCCAACUCGGCUUUCACCUUGACAAGAUACAGAACUUCCGUCGCAAAGUCAACAACUCUUAUUCCCUUCCAACAAACAACACCACCUUAAUUAUUCCGUAUCAUGUCAUUGUUCGGAUCGCGAACCACGGGGUUUGGGGCCCCUGCAAACAAUGCCGCUGCCCCAAGUAGCUCUCUGAAUUGGGGCCAGCCUCAGAACCAGUCCCAACCUCAGAAUCAGCAACCACUCGGCGGAUCCAUUUUGGGCGGAAGUAUGCUGGGCCAGCCACAACAAUCCAAUGCUUUUGGCGGAAGCCUACUGGGUAUCUCUCAGUCCCAGCAACAACAGCCGCAACCGCAACAACAGCAACCUGGUGCUUCCAGUUUUAUGAAUGCGAGUCAGGCACCGCAGCGUUCCAGCUUAAUCUGGGAACCUGGCCGUGAAUCACUAAUCCACAAGCCCGUCACGGAACAGAUUGAGGGAAUGCUUGCGAAAUGGCACCCAGAGCACCCCAACACGGUAUUCAAGUACUACUUUUAUAACAAAGUCGAUCAGGCUCGCAUUCCCUUCUACCAGCCCUCUCCUGCAGAAGACCCCCGAGAAUGGGAACAGGCUGUUCACGAUAAGCCCGGUCCUGGCUAUAUGCCCGCCCUAGCGACUGGCUUCAAGGCAAUUAGCGAGCGCCUCACCAUGGAGAAGUCGGUAUUAGGAAACUUUAGGAAGGCCUUACAUGCCAUAAAUUCGAGCCUGGAUGCAAUUCUCUCACAGAAUGACCUGCAGACUAGCGUGCGCACGCUUAACGCUCGUCGCAAACACGCAUUAUUACGCCAACGAUGUCUCGCGCUAGCGACCAAGGUUCAAGUACUUCGCAACCGCGGGUACUCUCUUGGCAAAGAAGAAGAUGAGUUGAAGACGAAAUUAGAGACCCUCGACCGAACCGUGACCGACCCGGCACUCAGCGCAAGAACAGAAGAGCUAUGGAGCCGUCUAAUCUCUAUGAGGGAAUAUGCCGAUCAUAUUCAGAGUGAGGUUCAUCGUCAUGGUGCAGAGGCUCAGGAAGGCAUAGGAGAGGAGAACGAGGCACAGGCCAGGGAGAUCUUGGACAAGUUUGACAAGCAACUACAAUAUCUCAAGACCCAACUUGAGCAGACUAAGAAGGACUAUGACGAGUGGAUUGAGGCGAACCCACCCCCAAAGAAGUAAACGACUAUUCACAAGGAAGAAUUACAUGGAGGGCUAGCAGUGAUACCACAUUGAUGAAGGGGGGCUUUUUAUUAAUGGGGGCCUGGCUCCUGGUGGCUAGAACUUGGAUGGUGAUUUGUACAAAUAGGAGCCGGUCAUAGGAAACCACAUAAAAGCCCGGCGUUUAGGGUUGUCUGA